CUAUACAUUUUUUUAGGCUUAAAUGCAUUUGGUGCCCCUGAUGUUUCAGGUUCGUGCAAAUGAUACCCUCCAUCUAUUUUUGUCGACGUUUGUACCCUCGAUGAAACAAAAUAGUGUAGUGAGUACCCCUCCGUCAGUUCAACGUUAAAAAACUAACGGAAGGUGCUGACGUGGCUUUUUUAUUUAUUUUUAUGUGGAAAUUACAUUUAAAAUUUUAAAAAGAGGGAGAGGGUGGGGGGAUUCAAACUCAGGAUCUAUAAGUGGCAAAACACAACCCUAACCAGUUGAGCUACACAAAGAAUUGAUAUAUAAUGCAAUACAAUUUUAUUUAUAUCUUUAUUUCGUCAUUUUCUUCUCACCAACACAGUUCUUCUCCCUUUUCCUUUCCCUUUCACGCUGCCAUUUCUCCUUUCCCUCUCCUCUUCAUGUUUUCCUUCUCUUGGUUGUGUCUUCUUCUUCACCUUAUCACCACCGUCACCGUGUUCCUUCCAAAGUUUCUUCUCCUUCAAAGGACAACACCAUGAAACUUACCCAAGCUUUGUCCUCCUCAACCCAAGAUCAGAUUUGGGCUUGGAGUUACCCCCACUUCCGCCAGUGGCCGACCACCACCACCACCACUGUGAGUUCAUCUUCUUCAUUCGUCUCCGGCGAGACCGCCACCAACACCAUAUUCGUUGCACUUGAAUCGGCUAAAAAACCCCACAAAAUCAUCAUUCCCGUCUACCCAAGUGAAGAGGAACGACCAGAAAUGCCUCUUGGACGUCUCACGGCCGCGAUCUGGUCGUUCACCGACGAACCAUCCGACCUGUAACUGCGAUUUCCUGGAAAACCGUUGAGAAAUUGGAGAAACGGAUGCCACCACCGUGUUCCUGGCCACGAAAGGAUGGAGAACCAUUACACUUUUCCCCCCCCCCAGCGACAUCUCCGACGCGGGCCACCAUCCUUGCCGGCGACACUUCGCCGGAAAAUCUCCAGAAUUGCGUUUUGGUAAGUUUUGACCUACAGAACUCAUUUUUGGACUCCAAACUUCAAUAUUAAAUAGAGAAUAAAGUGUUGGUUGUUGAAUAAAGGUGAAAAGGUGAAGAAGAAGAAGGGUAAUCUAUCGUUCUACACAUGAGCUAGAUGCUAAUGAUGUUGUUAGUAUCAGCAUGUGGGUUGAAAGCCACCUGAAUUGUGUUUUCUUCUAUGAAGAUUUCUCAAACUCAGAUCCUUUCAUUUUGGGUAUUCAAACUGAGUAGCAAUUGCAAAGAAACUAACAUCAAAUGGAUAAAUGCAUUUAAGCCCAUUUUUUUACGAAUUCAACCUUACGAAAACUAUUUCAAAUUCCAUUGGAGAUGAGAGAAUUGGAAAGGUUUAUGACAAAUUGGAGAGAUAAGAGAUGUGAGGUUUAAUGCAUUGAUUGAUUCAUAAAUGUAUUGAAUUUAUUGAUUGAUUCAUUACUGUGUGAGUGUGAGGUAACGAAACAAAACCCUAAUUUUCCCUACUGGCUACAGAGGGAAGCGGCAUAUUUAAGCCUCUAAAAUUUAAAACUUUAAUAUUACAGAACCUCAUACAUAUUUAAGCCUCUGAAAUUUAAAAUUUUAAUGUCUACAAUUAUGGGUGGGCUAUUAGUUCUAGUAUAACGGAUUGAUAGAAAGGUUGACAACAAUCAGAAGUUAUUGGCAUUGAAGAUUUGAAUAAGAGUAACCAUCAGAAUUUAUGACAAAUUGGAGAGAUAAGAAUAUGAGGUUUAAUGCGAGUUAUGGUAAAUCGAAAUGAAAAGAUGAAUGGGGAUGCAUUGGAAUGUCCACGUUAAGUUUUGAGGCUUAAAGUGAAAGCUGGCAGUGUCAUGUAGGAUAUAAGAUGAUUUUAUAUAUCAAGCAUGCAAUGAUAGAUUCAUAUAUGUCUUGAUUCAUUACACUGUAAGGUCACGAAACUAAACCCUCGUUUUCCCUGCUGCCUAUAGAGGGAAGCGGCAUGGCGAACGAUGAGAAGAAGAACCUCACUCUUCCUCUACCUCUAUCUCGCGAUUUGAUAGUUGAAAUUCUGCUGAGGUUACCGGUGAGAUCUCUACUGCGCUUGAAAUGCGUUUGUAGGUCAUUCUUUUUCAUUUCUGAUCCCCAAUUUGCUAAAUACCAUUUUGACCUUAGUGUUGAACCCACACAUCGUCUUCUUCUUCGAUUUCUCAAUGAGGAUAAAGUUGAAUCCUUUGAUCUAGAUUCAUCACUUGACGACAACUCUGCUGUUGUAACCCUCAAUCUUCCUCCUCCAUGCAUGUCUUGUGAUCAGAACUCUUUAAAAUUCUUGGGUUCUUGCAGGGGGCUUAUGCUUUUAGCCUAUGAGUAUAAACGGCUUAUUGUGUGGAAUCCGUGUACGGGUUUCCAUAAACAAAUUCUAACUGGUUGUGAUUUCUUGCUAGGCUCUCUGUAUGGUUUGGGGUAUGACAAGUCAACUGAUGACUAUUUUGUAGUGAUUAUAGGACCGGUUUGGUCGAAUGCUAAAAUUCAGACUGUUUCUGUGAAAACCAAUUCAUGGGAUUUCAAGGAUGUUAAUGCUCAAUAUACAGAUCUUGGAUAUCAUUACAGACAUGGGGUGUUCUUGAACGACUCUCUUCAUUGGCUGGUUUUUUCUAAGGAUGCCAGUUUUCUUGUAGUUAUUGCCUUUGAUUUGUUAGACAAGGGUUUAUCAGAGAUUCCUCUGUUACCUGAAUUAGCAGCGCCUGUGUUAACAGCGGAGGGUGUACCCAAAUUUUAUCAUGCGAGGGUACUAGGAGGAUGCCUCAGUCUGUGUUACAAAGGUGGUAGGCGUGAUAGGGCUGAGAUAUGGGUCAUGAAAGAAUAUAAAGUGCAGUCUUCUUGGACCAAGGCUUUUGUUGUGACUGAUUAUGACAUUCCUGGCAUACACUUUUACCCGAUACGCUUCAUUGAAGGUGGCGGAGUUUUUGGAUCAAAUGGCAAUGAAAGAUUGAUGAAAUUUAAUGCUGAGGGAAAACUGCUUGAGCAUCACAAAUAUAGGGAGGAAAUAGAAAAUGUUCAAAAUUAUUUUGGAAUGUUUAGAGAGAGUGAUUUCAAAAAUAUUCAAAAAUAUUUUGAAAUGUACACAGAGAGUCUGCUAUUAUUCCCUGGUGAACAACCACUCCUUCGUGACAAAAAGGAAGCAACGGAAGUUGAGGAAGCAAUGGAAGUAAAGGCAGAGGGAGCUAGUGGGCUGCCACUCUAUAGUGUAAAAUCACUCACUUGUGACUUCAAGGAAGCAGAUGAAGAGAUGGUGGAAGUAUCUGAUGAUGACAUAGAAGAGGAAUCAGAAGAGGAAUCGACUGAAGAGAAGGAAGCAACUGAAGAUGAGGAAGCGGAAUCUACUGAAGAUGACAAUAUCAACUGUCCAAAAAGGAAAAAUUAAUUAGCACAUAGGUGGCUUUACAAUUCCUGGUUUUUUUAUUUGAUGUUCUGUUCGGUGUUUUGACUUGAAGUUGUGGAGAUAUUGUGGUCUUAACCAUAUGUUAGCUUGGAGAUGGGAUAAAGUAAAAGGGAUGAAAAUGAUCAAGUAUUGAACUAUUGAUAUGAAUUGAUCUUGCGUAGAAUUGAUUUGACCAUUUUAGCAAUUAGGUGGCUUUACAAUUCCAACUGUUUUUUUUUAUUUAAUGUUAUGUUCGGUGUUUUGACUUGAAGUUGUGGAGAUAUUGUGGUCUUAACCAUAUGUUAGCUUGGAGAUGGGAUAAAGUAUAAGGGAUGAAACUAAUCAAGUAUUGAUAUGAAUUGAUCUUGCGUAGUAUUGAUUUGACCAUUUUGUCAUAUUGAUCUAGAUCAUCAAGUAUUUGUUAAGUUUCAUGAUUACCCCUAAAUAUACUCUGUAGUUUGUAUGGCUAUGGCAAUGACAGUGUAAUGGAUGAAAGAAAUUAGUGUUUCAGCUCAACUGGCUAAUGUCUCCAUUCUUAUUUUCUCUUCCUUUAUCAAGAAUAUAUCUAUUGCUGAAUGGGAAAAAGGUCCAGUGCUCACUGUCAAAAUUAUAUUUUGCCCCAUAAUCUAUAUAUGACCAAAAGAUAUAAUCAGGG